AUGUCUACUUACAAUAACUCUCAAUCUGCUCUUCAAGAGCAAGCCAUGAUGGUCAGAGAGUUCAACCAGCGCAUAAAAAAGCUCAAAGAUUUAUCAGCUCAGCUUGGCAGUGCCAAGGACAACCCAAAAUUACACAGCUCAAUUACAAAAGAACGUGAAGAUGCAAUUGAUCUCUGUAAAAGAAUCAUAAGAUCUUUCAAAGAAAAACCACCAUCUCGUGCUGAAAAACCUCAGCAUGAUAAGAAUAUAUUAAAUGGAAUGGGCGAGCAAGCCUACACUCUUAAUAAUUGUAGUGAUGUCCGCAGGGAGCCAAAAGGCCUUGACUAAGGGAGGAUAGCAUUUGGGAUAUUUAUCCGUCUCGAGUAGGUGCAAAAAAUUUUCGGCAGCAUUUUUUGUAAGGUCAUGUGCGAACUGGCGAACAGGCGAAGGGAGCCUCAAGGAUAGAGAUAGUCCUUCAGUAAUGCAGUGAGCUUCUCUAUAAUUCCAAUAAACAUAAACGUAGCCUCAGCACGAUAAACUUGCCAAGGAAUUCGAAGCCCUGUCCAAGCAGUUUCAAAAUCUUUGCCAGGUUUCAUUGGAGAAGCAAAAAACAUAUGUUGAGGAAGAAAAGACGCAACAGGGUUAUGAGCAAGAACAGGCUGAAGAAUCCUUUAGAAGCGUAGGAGGGCUUGAUGAAGCUCUGCUUAGAGAUAGGAUGGAAGAGGUACAGCAGCUGGAAAAAGACAUGAUUACGGUUAAUGCUAUGUUUAAAGAUGUGAGCAAUAUGGUUGUGGAACAAGGAGCUAUGCUGGAUUCAGCUGAAAAUAAUGUGGACGUUGCAGUGAAAGAAACAGGAAGAGCAGUGGUCGAACUGGAUAAAGCAGAAAAUUAUCAAAAAAAGAGUAAAAACAAGCUUUAUUGUAUUUUAGGCAUUGUGGUCGUUGUUGUCGCCGUUUUGGGAGCAGUGAUUGCUGUGCCUAUAGCUUUAGGUUAA